CCGUGGAGCAGCCAGGACGCCAGCUCACCAUGGGGAGACGCCUCAAGUUUCUGCAGAAACUGCCCUUCCUGGGCCAGGACCAUCGGUACAAGCCGCUGGAGAGAGACGAAGUGGAGACCCUGAUCGGCGAGCAGUGCGAGCUGAAAGCCAUCGACAGAGAAAAGACAGUCGCAGCCCUCCCGCCCGGGGAGGCGUGUAAAUGCAGCAAGGAGGACUUGGCCAGAGCCUUCCACGUAGACCUGGACAGCGGCCUGUCGGAGUUCGCAGUGGCCCAGCGUAGGCUGGUCCACGGCUGGAAUGAGUUUGUCACUGAUAACACUGAGCCGGUGUGGAAGAAAUACCUGGAUCAGUUCAGCAGCCCCCUGAUCCUGCUGCUGCUGGGCUCCGCCGUGGUGAGCGUCCUCACCAAAGAGUACGAAGAUGCCAUCAGCAUCGCACUGGCCGUGCUCAUUGUGGUGACUGUCGGCUUCAUCCAGGAAUACAGGUCGGAGAAGUCUCUGGAAGAGCUGACCAAGCUGGUGCCUCCAGAGUGCAACUGCCUGAGGGAGGGCAAGCUGCAGCACCUGCUCGCACGAGACCUGGUUCCAGGAGACAUCGUCUUCCUGUCCACAGGAGACCGGAUUCCUGCUGACAUCCGUCUCACUGAGGUCACAGACCUCCUGGUGGAUGAAUCCAGUUUCACGGGAGAAGUGGAGCCAUGCAGCAAAACGGACAGCGCAUUGCCAGGCGGAGGGGGCCUCAGCACCCUGAGCAACGUGGUCUUCAUGGGCACACUGGUGCAGUGUGGCAAGGGUCAGGGAGUUGUGAUCGGAACCGGGGAGCGGUCUCAGUUCGGAGAAGUGUUCAAGAUGAUGCAGGCGGAAGAGACCCCGAAAACUCCACUACAGAAGAGCAUGGACAAGCUGGGCAAGCAGCUGACGAUCUUCUCUUUUGGCAUCAUCGGUCUCCUGAUGCUGGUUGGCUGGGUGCAAGGGAAACCCCUUCUCAGCAUGUUCACCAUUGGGGUCAGCCUGGCAGUGGCGGCCAUUCCAGAGGGGCUUCCCAUCGUCGUCAUGGUGACGCUGGUCCUGGGGGUGCUGCGGAUGGCUAAGAAGCGGGUCAUCGUGAAGAAGCUGCCCAUUGUGGAGACUCUUGGCUGCUGUACUGUCAUCUGCUCUGACAAGACGGGCACUCUGACGGCCAAUGAAAUGACAGCGACCCAGCUCUUCACAUCCGAUGGGUUCCGAGCUGAGGUCAGUGGAGUCGGGUACAGUGGCGAAGGGACUGUGUGCCUCCUCCCCUCCAAGGAAGUAAUCAAGGGGUUCAGCAAUGUGUCGGUGGGGAAGCUGGUGGAGGCAGGCUGUGUCGCCAACAAUGCUGUCAUCAGAAAGAACACUGUAAUGGGACAGCCCACAGAAGGAGCCCUGAUGGCGCUGGCCAUGAAGAUGAACUUGGGUGGCGUCAAAGAGUCCUACAUACGGAAAAAGGAGAUUCCCUUCAGCUCAGAGCAGAAGUGGAUGGCAGUGAGGUGCAGCCUGAAGAACGAGGAUCGGGAAGACAUUUACUUCAUGAAGGGGGCCUUUGAGGAAGUGAUCUGUCACUGCAGCAUGUAUAACAAUGGGGGCAUCCCCCUGCCUCUGACGCCCCAACAGAAGUCCUACUGCCAGCAGGAGGAGAAGAUGAUGGGGUCUCUUGGCCUGCGGGUGCUGGCCCUGGCGUCUGGGCCCGAGCUGGGGAGACUUACAUUCCUGGGUCUCGUGGGCAUCAUCGACCCCCCGAGGGCUGGCGUGAAGGAGGCCGUCCGGGUCCUCUCUGAGUCUGGUGUGUCGGUUAAGAUGGUGACAGGGGACGCUCUGGAGACCGCCCUGGCCGUAGGAAGAACCAUCGGCCUGUGCAACGAGAAGCUGAAAGCUAUGUCUGGAGAGGAGGUGGAGAGCAUGGAGCAGGGCACACUGGCGGCCCGAGUGAGGCAGGUGUCCAUAUUCUUCAGGACCAGCCCAAAGCACAAGGUUAAGAUCAUAAAGGCAUUGCAGGAGUCGGGGGCAAUUGUGGCCAUGACAGGGGACGGUGUGAACGACUCGGUUGCCCUGAAGUCUGCGGACAUCGGGAUUGCCAUGGGACAGUCAGGGACGGAUGUCAGCAAAGAGGCCGCCAACAUGAUCCUAGUGGAUGAUGACUUCUCCACCAUUAUGAGCGCAGUGGAGGAAGGCAAGGGCAUCUUCUACAACAUCAAGAACUUUGUCCGCUUCCAGCUGAGCACGAGCAUCGCGGCCCUGAGCCUCAUCACCCUGUCCACCGUGUGCAACCUGCCCAGCCCCCUCAACGCCAUGCAGAUCCUGUGGGUGAAUAUCAUCAUGGAUGGGCCGCCAGCGCAGAGCCUGGGGGUGGAGCCUGUGGACAGAGAUGCCCUUCGGAGGCCUCCACGGAGCCUCGGGGACACCAUCCUGAACAGAGCUCUGAUCCUGAAGAUCCUCAUGUCGGCCACUGUCAUCAUAGGAGGGACUCUCUUCAUCUUCUGGAGGGAGAUCCCAGAGAACGGCACCAGCACCCCAAGGACCACCACCAUGGCCUUUACCUGCUUCGUGUUUUUCGACCUCUUCAAUGCCCUGAGCUGCCGCUCUCAGACCAAGCUGAUAUUUGAGAUCGGCUUUUUCCGGAACCGCAUGUUCCUGUACUCGGUCUUUGGGUCCCUCCUCGGGCAGCUGGCUGUGAUCUACGCCCCGCCCCUGCAGAAGGUCUUCCAGACAGAAAACCUGAGAGCGCUCGACCUGCUGCUGUUGACUGGCCUGGCCUCAUCCGUCUUCGUUCUGUCAGAGCUGCUCAAGCUGUGUGAAAAGUUCUGCUCUGGAGCCAGGACCACCCAGAUGCUCCCAGAGGCCGUGUAAAGGGACCGCUGUGUCACAGCCCUGAGCAACCUGUGUCCUUGGGGGCCUGUGGCCUCUUCUCCAGUCUUUCAGCACUGUCUACUCCAAGAGGCAAGAUUUGAAGGACCACACAGCCUCAGGACCCUGGCUCCACAUGUCCUCCUGGCCUGCUGGGACCUGUCGUGCACAGGACAGGGUGGGGCUCACACUAAAACA